UCCCAAACCACUGCAUCUCUCUCCCUCUCUCUCAAUAUAGUCUUUCGCACCAAUCUUGCUAUAUGUCAAAAACAAAAGCACAACUCCUUUUUCCCACUCGGACUUCCUAUACUUUCCUCGAUCUAUUCAGAAAGUUUUACGAGCUGCAUGUAUAUAUUAUACAUGCAUCCGCCUCACGUAAUAUGCAAAAGAGUCGUGCAAAUUCUGUCCACCACCAUAUGUUAUAAAAAAUCUAACCGUUAGCCGAUUUUAUUAUAAAGAAUCAACUGUUUGAACGUAGAAGAGAUAUAUUCAUCAAGGAUGAGGGGAGCUGUGCUAGUCGCCAUUGCAGCGGCCAUUGGGAAUUUGUUACAAGGAUGGGACAAUGCAACUAUAGCAGGGGCUGUGCUUUACAUCAAAAGGGAAUUUCAUUUGCAGAGCGAACCUACAAUAGAAGGGCUCAUUGUCGCUAUGUCCCUGAUUGGAGCAACGGUCAUCACAACAUGUUCUGGGCCAGUAUCUGAUUGGCUUGGACGACGCCCGAUGCUAAUAUUAUCGUCUGUUCUUUAUUGUCUUAGUGGAUUAGUGAUGUUAUGGUCUCCAAAUGUCAGUGUGCUCCUUCUGGCAAGGCUUAUGGAUGGUUUUGGCAUCGGUCUUGCCGUUACUCUUGUUCCUGUGUACAUAUCUGAGACUGCCCCGCCAGAAAUAAGAGGACUACUGAAUACCCUACCGCAGUUCACUGGUGCUGCGGGCAUGUUCAUGUCAUACUGCAUGGUCUUCGCAAUGUCUUUGAAGGAUUCACCUAGUUGGAGACUCAUGCUUGGGGUUCUCUCUAUUCCUUCCCUGAUAUACUUCGCACUGGCUAUACUUUUCUUGCCUGAAUCCCCAAGGUGGCUGGUAAGUAAAGGAAAGAUGAAAGAAGCCAAACAAGUUCUACAAAUGUUACGUGGAACAGACGAUGUCUCAGGUGAAAUGGCUUUGUUAGUGGAAGGUUUAGGUGUUGGAGGUGACACAUCUAUAGAGGAGUACAUAAUAAGUCCUGACAAUGUGCUAGCCGAUAGCCAAGAGCAUGCUGUGGAGAAAGACCGCAUCAAAUUGUAUGGGGCUGAGGAGGGAAAAUCUUGGAUUGCAAAACCUGUCAUCGAGCAGAGUACUCUUGGUGCCGUCUCCCGUCAUGGGAGCAUGCCUAACCAGAACAAUGUGCAGCUUGUGGAUCCCUUGGUCACUCUGUUCGGGAGCGUUCAUGAGAAGCUCCCGGAGUCAGGCAGCAUGAGAAGCAUGCUCUUCCCAAAUUUCGGCAGCAUGUUCAAUGUUGCGGAGCAUCAUGGCAAAGGUGAACAAUGGGAUGAGGAAAACCUGCAGAAGGAUGGAGACCAUGCAUCAGACGGUUCCGGGGGUGAGUCUGAUGACAACUUGAGGAGUCCUUUGCUCUCACGUCAGGCUUCAAACGGCGAAAGGGAUAACGCCGGUGAACAAGUGAGUGGCAUGGGAAUUGGUGGUGGGUGGCAGCUUGCAUACCGAAAGGACGAGAAAAGUUCAGGAGGCCUAAAGAGGAUCUACUUGCACCAGGAGGGUGCUCCUGCAUCCCGAAGGGGCUCUAUAAUUUCACUCUGCGGAGCAGAAAACGAAGUCGUCCACGCGGCUGCUUUGGUGAGCCAGUCUGUUCUUCACAUGCAGGAGCUUCCGGAUCAUCAUACGAUUGGCAAAGCAAUGGAUAAACAACCUCAAGCUGCUGCUAAAGGGGGAACAAGCUGGAAUGAACUCUUCGAACCAGGAGUGAAACAUGCAUUGGUAGUAGGUGUGGGAAUUCAAAUUCUUCAACAGUUCUCUGGAAUUAAUGGGGUUUUGUACUACACUCCUCAAAUUCUGGAACAAGCGGGUGUGGGAGUCCUCCUCUCAAACUUGGGCCUCAGUUCAGACUCUGCUUCCCUUCUGAUAAGUGGUGUCACAACGUUGUUGAUGCUUCCAAGCAUUGGUGUUGCAAUGAGACUUAUGGAUAUUGCAGGCAGAAGGUGGCUACUGUUGUCUACUCUACCGGUUUUAUUGGUGACACUGAUCUUAUUAGUCCUUGGAAAUGUCAUUGAUCUGGGAACUGUGAUGCAUGCGGUCAUCUCAACCGCUAGCGUUAUCGUCUACUUCUGCUGCUUCGUCAUGGGGUUCGGACCGAUCCCUAACAUACUAUGUGCCGAGAUCUUUCCUACUCGUGUGCGUGGAAUUUGCAUUGCGAUAUGUGCUCUCACAUUUUGGAUUGGAGACAUCAUCGUAACGUACACGCUCCCGGUCAUGCUGAACCAAAUAGGCCUUGCUGGUGUAUUCGGAAUUUAUGCUGUUGUAUGCGCUGUCGCAUGGGUCUUCGUCUUCGUAAAGGUUCCAGAAACAAAGGGCAUGCCGCUAGAAGUUAUCACGGAAUUCUUUGCAGUGGGUGCAAAACAAACUGCAGAUAUUGUAUAGAACUGAUGAGUGUGUGCAAGUUUAAAAGAGUUGAUCAAGAACUUGCUUCUUUCCUUUUCUUACAGGCUAAUUAGAUCAGCCAUUUUGAUGAGCUGUGAGAAAGCAGUGAUGAUUGUCUGAAAGAAGAUGAUCGCUUAUAAAGUUGACAGGAGACGGCAGCCAGCUGUUAGUUCAUUCCUUGUUCUAAUUUCUGGUUUUCAUUUGUUCCAUGUGUUGGCUACAUCUCCAUUCAUAGAUCGAUCAUGUAGUUGGACGAUAAUUUUGCAAUAUCUUGACCAUCAGUUGAAAUGAUCCUCAUGCUUGAUGACA